AUGAAGGGGAGGAGGAGCCGUCACCACUUGGGCACCGGCGGCAGCCACCAGCUGGUGUCGGACGACGAGUCGGGGCACGCCUCGGACUCGUCCCCCAAAGAGCAAGAUCGCUUCCUGCCCGUCGCCAACGUGAGCCGCAUCAUGAAGCGGUCGCUGCCGGCCAACGCCAAGAUCUCCAAGGAGGCCAAGGAGACGGUGCAGGAGUGCGUGUCGGAGUUCAUCAGUUUCAUCACCGGGGAGGCCUCCGACAAGUGCCAGCGCGAGAAGCGGAAGACCAUCAACGGCGACGACCUCCUAUGGGCCAUGACCACGCUCGGCUUCGACAGCUACGUCGGCCCCCUCAAGGCCUACCUCAACAAGUACCGAGAGACGGAGGGGGAGAAGAACCUCAUGGCCCGCCACGGCGAGCCCCCCUCCAAUGAUCCCGACGACGCCUCCCCCGCCAUCCCUUCCUUCGCCGCGUCCGGAUUCUACUCCGUCGGCGAAGCCUGGGAUCAACGAAAGAAGUAGAACACACUGCUCUCUCUCUCUCUCUCUCCAUGUGUGCAGCUCUCUGCAUUCCCCAGCCGCAGAAGCUUUACUCUCGUCUUGCUUCCUUACCUUACCAAUGGUAGUAGUAGUAGUAGUAUUGCUUUACUGCAGCCUCUCGCAUGGAGAUGCCGGUUGUGUCGCUGUACAUUUAUACGGUGGCGAGGCCCCCACGGGAGGGGGGAUUGCUACGUGGUACGCACCCCUUGUUGACGACUGGCCAUAUUCCACUAAUCAUUGGGAUUCUCUUGCACCA